UAUUUAUAUAUUUAUACAGGCAAAAUAUAUUGCACAUAUUUAUAUAUAUAUAUAUUUAUACGCUCAUACAUUUAUAUAACUAUCACCACAUUUAUAUAUUUUUCGUUGCAUAAAUCAAUAGCUAAUAUCCAUAUUUUAUUCAUUCAUUCAUUGAUAUAUAUAUUCUGCAUCAGUAUUCCUUUGAAGGACCCAACGAUUACACACUCGCCUAACAGGUUGGAGCAGCAGCAGCAACAUCAGCAGCAGCAUCAGUAGUAGUAGUAGUAGUAGUAGUAGUUGUAGUGGUGGUGGUAGUGGUUGUGGUGGUGUAGUGUAACCUUCGCUGCUGCAGUUAAAACUAAUUUUGUUUUGUUGUAUUUCCUAUUCACAAACUACAGCCCGUAACAAACUACGUUCAUACAAACCCUUCCCUCCUACACACUUACACACACACUUACACACACACACGUCCGUACACACGUUGACGUAUAUCUAUAUCUGUCUCCUCUGCAUAUAUAUAUAAAUAUAGGCUUUUUUUUCUCUAAAACUAUACACAUUGUCGCACUCAUUCAGUGAGCGCGCUUAUAGAAGCUAUUUUUAAGUCUUGUCACACAAACACAAAAAGUAAACAACAACAAAAAGGAAGAAAGAAAGACAAGACAUCUAACAAAACAAGGAUAUCCUAAUAUUAUAACAUCACUCUUCAUCAUCACUUACGAACUGCAACAACUGUCAAGAGUUGUGAUAAAACAACGAUUAAGAAAGAUCUUAAAUACUUCGUUAUUACUCUGUGUGGAAAAUAAAUAAAAAGUGAAAGAAAGCAGCAUGGCCAGCCGGGUAGAAAAUAUCACAUUGCGCUAUUGUUCCACCUGUAUCUUAAUACUCAUAUGCUCAUUGUUCUUUGCCAGAGCCAAUUCCAUAUAUAAGGAAGAGGACGAUAUUCCAGACUGCGGUACGCAUGCUGCUUGUAAAACAGUGAUAGAGUAUGGUGAAAGAAUGUACAGUUCAAAACUGGACAUUUGUAAAUGUCGAAACGAGACCAGUUGUCCGACCUCCAAUUCAAUCGUCAGAUACAUUGGCGUGAAAAAUGAGCCUUGUCCCCGUUUCACUAUGUACUACUGCAAACCUUUGCACUUUGAAAAUAUAAAAACUUGUAAAGAAGGAGAAGUAUCGAUGUCUUUUAAAGGAUCAAAAAUGUUGCCAUCUACUGUGAAGGAAGUAUUUUGCCGUUGUCCAAAAUCUGAUCCUCUACAUUUGACAAGUAUUGAAAAUUAUGGCUUCAAGAAAACUGAGUUUUACUCAUGUUCUAUGCCUGCAUGUAACACAACAGAUGUUGAGCAUGUUUGCAGGAAGAAUACUAAUUCAAAGUCGGCGCACUUCUUAUGUCGAUGUCCAUAUAAACAAGCUUGUGAUAAACAGCACCCAAGUAUAUCCAAUUCAGUUCAAUGUCAACAGGUGUCACAUUCUGUGUAAAGAGAGUAAAAGAAAUUUUAAAACCAAAAACUUUGAACUUGAGUUGCAUGUCUAUCAUUGGUGGCGGAAAGGA